UCUCUCUCUCUGCAAAAAAUCUAUCUUCUCACCAUGAGAGUGAGAGCCACACCACCACUCCCUCACCCCUUUCCCUUUUCUUCUUCUUUCAUCUCAUCCUCCUUCUAUUUCUUCUCAUCUCUCUCUCCUUGAUCUCAAUCCAAAUCCAAACCCAAUAUUGAGAUCUAGCAUGCAUUUCCAUCCCCAUGGCUUCCCCUCACCAUUCCCAUAGCUUCCUCUUCCAAUCCCGCUCCGCCGAUCACCACGAAUACCUUCCCUCCGCUUCCUUCAACGCCAUCCCCUCCUGCCCUCCUCACCUCUACUUCCACGAUGGGGUCGUCCCGGUGAUGAUGAAGAGAUCGAUGUCGUUUUCAGGCAUCGAAAAUGGAUGCGAGGAAGUGAACGGCGACGAGGGGCUAUCGGACGAUGGAUUGGCGUUGGGAGAGAAGAAGAAGCGCCUCAAUUUAGAGCAAGUGAAGGCUUUGGAGAAGAGCUUUGAGCUGGGGAAUAAGCUUGAGCCUGAGAGAAAGAUUCAACUGGCCAAAGCCUUGGGGUUGCAGCCUAGACAGGUUGCUAUUUGGUUCCAGAACAGAAGAGCCAGAUGGAAGACCAAGCAACUGGAAAGAGAUUAUGAGGUCUUGAAGAAACACUUUGAAUCUCUUAAGGCUGACAAUGAUGUCCUCCAAGCUCAAAACACCAAACUCCAUGCAGAGUUAUUAGCGUUAAAAACCAAGGACUCGGGCGAGGUGGCAGGCGGCGGGGCCACCAUGAACCUAAAGAAAGAAAACGAACGGUGUUGGAGCAGCGACAACAGUUGUGACAUCAACCUGGACAUCUCAAAGACACAAGCAGCAAUAAACGGCGAGGAAGGUGGAAGAGCAUGUUGUGAGCCAGGAAUCAAAGACCUAUUCCCAUCGGCGGCGUUCCGAUCGGGUGCCAUAACGCAGCUGAUUCAACGCGGGUCAUCCAGGUCAACGGUUGACCAUCCUCAAGUGAUUCAAGAAGAAAGCUUCUCUCAAAUGUUCAAUGGUAUUGAAGAACAACAACAAAGUGCAGCAGCGGCAGCAGCAGCUGGGUUUUGGCCAUGGGGUUCGGAUCAAAAUUCCCAUUUUAAUUAAUCCUCCAUUACACACUUUUCUUUUCUCAUAUAAAACAGUUCAA